CAAAAAUAGAACAGACGUGUAUUUUCAUUCAUUUUUCAUUACUGCGAAGAGAGAUUAAUAAAAGAGAAAGCUUUUCAAAAUAAUUUACUCAAAACAACAAAUAAAAGGAGAUUCCUUUCCGUUCUUCUUUUCUCUCUCUCUGGAUUCAUUUCCUCGCAAAGGAAGUUUCUUUUGAUCUGAAUCGUAUCGUGUCGCUUCGUUUCUAACUAUGGAAAUAGAAACGGAACAUAAUAAAACAGUCUCUGUCGAUGACAACGACAGCCUCGUACCAGAGCCAAGCUCAACAAAAGAAGAAAGCCUUUUAGAAGAUAUCUCCCUUCCUGGUCAAGUUACCAAUCAUCAUCCAGAACUAUCGAGUGCAAGCCAAGUUCUGAUCAAAGUUGAAUUGGAUUUUGCUUUUGUCUCUGAGAAGUUAGUGAAUCUCAGUCUUCUCACUAUGCAACUCGGCUCUAGAGAACAUGACUUUGAGUCUUUUGUUUCUCAUCAAGAAGAUGAAGAAGAAGAAGGAGAAGAUGAUGAUGAUUUGGCUGUGAAGGCGUUGGAGUUUGAUCUUUUGUCUUCGUUUCUAAACUCAGAGGUGAAAGAAGUUGAGUCACGAGUUAAUUCUCUUCAGAACGAAGUUCAGAAUGCACGUGUCGUGAUAUCUCCGUUUCAAGAUGAUGGAGAAGGUUUCUCUGAUUUGGAGGAGAAGUUGCAUGAUGCUGAACAGUCUUUGGGGCAGUUAAUAGACCAAGUUGUGGAGAUGAAGAAGCAAUCUUCUAGCUUUCAUAAGUUAUCUUCUGGUUUGGAUGAUUCUUUAAGGUCUGGAGAGGGUGUUGCAGAGUCUCAGAACGAGGGUGAGUUUGGUGAUUUGAGCGCGAAGAUUAAGAUGCAGACUGCUGAUCAGCAAAGGAACGUUUUGAGGAUGCUUGAGAAGUCUUUGGCUAAGGAGAUGGAACUUGAGAAGAAACUAAGCGAGUCAAGAAACGCUGAAUACCAACUAGAGAUCAAACUCUAUUCUUCUGAGCAGGAUGUUCUCUACAUGGAAGAAGUGAUCGAAGAUGCGUAUUCGAGGUGGCUUGAGGCAGAUAAUGCUUCUGAAGUUUUUAAAGGAAUGUUAAAGGAGAUGUCUGGAAAGCUGCAGAUUCUUAAGUUCAAUUUAAGCGGCUCUUUUAAGAGGGAACAUAAUUUGAAGUCUGAGCUUGUUGAUUCAAACGAACGUUUAGAAGCUAAAGAAUCUGCCUUGCACAAGCUUGAUAGCAGCAAUGGAAGGGUUAGCGACUUUCUUAUGGCGCAAGCAGAAGGCUUGAAAGAGAGUUUGAAAGAAGCUGAGGAGAAACUGAUUCUGUUGAACACUGAGAACUCCACGUUAAGUGAAAAAGUUAGCUCUCUUGAGGAACAACUCAAUGAGAACGAUGACCUGAAAGAUAAGUUAGCCGAAACUGAAGCAAGGGCUGAGGAAGCAGAAACCAAAUGCCAAAAGCUAGAAGAAAGCCAAAAGGAGUUUCAAGACGAGUUGGAUAGUUUCAGAGCAAAAGGCUACACUCCAGAGAAGUUAGAAUCGCUUGAGAAACGCUUGAGGGACUCGGAUCAUCAGCUGGAACUUGCGGUUGCAGCCGCUGAAGCAAGUAAAGAGAAGCAGAGUUUGUUAUACUCUACUGUCUCUGACAUGGAGGAUGUGAUUGAGGAUCUGAAAUCGAAAGUUUCCAAGGCUGAACACAGGGCUGACUAUACAGAAGAGAAGUUGAUCACUGUGUCUGAGUCUAACGCAGAUCUCAACGAAGAACUGAAGUUCUGUAGAGGUAGAUUGAAAGAAGCGGAGAGGUAUUUAGAGAAAGCAGAGGAGAGGAAGUUGCAAACAGCUAAAGAUAUCGCACAGCAUAACAAGAUCAUGAAGAAACUAGUCAUGCAACUAGCUUCUGAACGAGAACGGCUUCAUAAACAGAUAACUAACUUGUCAAGAGAGAACCGUGUGUUGGUCAUGAAGUUGAAGAAGGUUGGAAAGACAGUUCAUAUGGAGAGUGAAAACGGAAGUGAAGUUUCACCAAAGUCUGAACAGAGUUCUCUUCCUUGUUAUCAAGAAAGUAAACUUCAAGCCACUGUUACUUCACUAACUAAUGAAGAGGAGGAAGAAACAGAGUCAGAGUCAAGUUCAGAUAUUGGAAGUGUAAGGAGAUUAGAUGCUGGAGCUCUUGGGUUCAAGCACAUUCUGGUUGCAAUCUUGGUCAUCUUCAUGUCUUCAAUGGCUUAUCUAAUAUCCCAGCAAAACAUCUAAGAGUCUUUAAGCCUUUUCAGAGUCUCUCAUAAGCUCUAGUUUUGUUUUUUUUUUCUCAAUCUAUUUUGCAAUAAUUCACAAUGUCAGAAUAUAUUUCUUAGUUUUUUGUGGCUAAUCUUCAAUGAAAGAUUACUAACUUUUUCAGAAUCUCAUAGGCUUCAGUUUUGUUUUCCUUACUCUUUGUCAAAGUUUAAUUUGACAGAUUAUAUUUUUGUUUGUUUGUGUGCCUGAUCUC